AUGCGCCUCCCGCUGCCUCCGCCGCUGCUGCUGCUUCUCGCGGCGCUUGAGGCCCACGCCACCACCACCUUCCAGCCGGACUGGAACCGUCUGCGCGGCCUGGCCCGGGCCCGGGUAGAGACCUGUGGGGGAUGACAACUGAAUCGCCUGAAGGAGGUGAAGGCCUUCGUCACCCAGGAUAUCCCACUCUACCACAACCUGGUGAUGAAACACCUCCCAGGAGCCGAUCCGGAACUUGUGUUGCUAGACCAACGCUACCAGGAACUGGAGCGCAUCCCUCUUAGCGACAUGACCCGCGAGGAGAUCAACGCGCUUGUGCAGGACCUCGGUUUCUAUCGCAAGGCGGCGCCCGACGCGCCCGUGCCCCCGGAGUACCUGCAGGCGCCCGCGAGACCAGCCGAGAGCGACGCGGACCGCGCCGACCUGUAG